UUAUGCGGCGAAGUAAAUCAUCUGGACAACAUAUCCUAACCUUAAACGAAUGCUCGGAGCGUAGUCGGAAUUGUGAAAAGCGUGUUCAACGCCAAAUAACGUUUCGACGUUUAACGACGACCGUUUGAUUGAAUGCUUCGUUCACGUGCUCGAAAGUGCUCAAAACGGCGGAAUAUCACAGAAAAUCAGAAAGAUGUUUAAAAAAUUCGAUGAGAAGGACAGUGUUUCUGGUAUUCAGCAAUUAAAAUCGUCUGUGCAAAAGGGUAUUCGCUCAAAACUCCUGGAACUGUACCCUCAUCUGGAUAGUUACAUAGAUGUUAUAAUACCAAAGAAAGAUUCCUUUCGUAUUGUAAAAUGCCACGAUCAUAUAGAAAUCAUAGUGAAUGCAGCGGGAGACCUGUUAUUUUUUCGCCAACGUGAAGGACCCUGGAUGCCUACACUGAGACUACUACAUAAGUAUCCAUUUUUUCUACCAAUGCAACAAGUUGACAAAGGUGCCAUUAGAUUUGUUCUUAGUGGUGCUAAUAUCAUGUGUCCUGGCUUAACGUCAAAAGGUGCAAAGAUGAUGACAGUGAACAAGGGAACUGUUGUCGCUGUUAUGGCAGAGGGCAAGCAGCAUGCGUUAGCUGUAGGAGUCACUACACUGUCGACGGAAGACAUUAUCAAGGUGAACAAAGGAGUUGGGAUCGAGAACUGUCACUAUUUGAACGAUGGACUCUGGCAAAUGAAACCUGUGAAAUAAAAGUGAUUAUAUCUUGUACACCACAAGGGUAUAAUCAAAAAAUCGCAUUGCAUACGGCUAGUUUU